AUGAUUGAAUAUAAUAUUCUUGUAACAUUAUAUCAAUUAUACGUCGCGAUGAUGUGUGCUACUUCACUUCUUAAAUUUUUCAUCUUUAUGCCUGAUGAAGUAACACAAGUUGAAUAUAAUGAUUUUGCAAAAUUUGUUAAAUUUUUAUCAACUAGAUUAAUACAAAUAGUUGUACAAUCACGUAUGGGAGAAAAAUUAUCACAUAAAUGUACCCCAGAUCCUCAUUUAUCAGAUUGGUUUAAUUUAAAGAUUGAUGAAAUUGGAGAAGUUGCAAAAUAUUUAAAAAAGAAUGUGUUACAUUAUCCUCCUAAAAUAGAUGCUGUAAAUAUUGAUUUUUAUUUAUAUACAUCUGAUAGAGAAACAUUACCAUUAGAAACUUGGUCUUUAUAUGUUGAUAGCUCAAAUGUAGAUAAUUCAGUAAAUGUUAGAACAGAUCUUUAUCAUAGAAUGGGAACAUUACUUAAAAGUGUCUACUCAUCAUCUAGAGUUCUUCCAUCAUAUAGAUAUUAUGUUAGAAAACAAAGUUCAGAAACUUAUGUAAUUUUAUAUAGAAUUUAUAAUGGUACUGUUGAUGAAAAGGCAUUUGGAGAAAAUUUUAAAUUUGUAAAAUUAGGUGAAUUACCAUCACCAUUUGGAUAUGUAUGUUUGGAAGUUAGAUAUAGAACAAGUAUGAAAAUAUCUGUUUAUGACGAUGAAAUAGUUGAAAAAAAAGAAGAAGUAUUAGAAAAAAAUGAUAAUGGAACACCUGAAAUUACGUAUACAUAUGGAACAAAACCAAUUAAUAUAGUACCAAAAGUAGGAAGUCAAGUAAUUACUCCAUCACCAAUGUCUGAUUAUGGGAAUCACUUUGGUACAUCACCUGUAUCAAUAGAUAUUAUUAAAAAUUCACCAAAAGAACAUCCACGUUUUAUGUUAGGAAGGUCUCAUUCUAGUUCUGAUGACAGUUCAAUGAAUUCAUUUAUGAAACAAAAUGAAUUUAUGUCUGAUGAGGCAUUAGCAUCUGCUAUAUUUAUGACAAGUACAAUGCAUCUUCAGGGUAGUCCUAAUUCAAAUACAUCAUCUUUAAAACAACGAGUUAGACAUAAUUCUCUUCCAUUUGAAGCACUUUUAAAUGAUAAUCCAUUAACAAAUUCACAAAACAGUUUUGGACAUUUGCCAAUUUUAACAGAAGAAACAUUUAUGUCAGGAAGUAAAAGUACAGUAUCAUUAAUGCCAUUAAAAUCAACUCCAUCAAUUAAUACAAUUCGAUAUUCUCGAACAAUACCUUCAAAGGUUGAUAAUUAUAGAGAUAAUAAUUAUACAAAAAAUAUACUAUUAAAUUCACCAAUAUCAAAUAAAAAAGGAAAACAAAAAUUUAUAACAUAUCCUGAAGAUGAGGAUUAUAAUGAUGAUUCUAAUCCAGAAAAUGAUAAUAAAGAAAAAGAAACAAAAAAAAUGGAAGAUGAAUUUUAUGUAAAUUUAUUUCCUUUUUCAAGUAUGGAAAGUUUAGGUGAUAAUUUAAAUGAUUUUGAAAGAGAAUGUCGAUUGGCUCCUGAUGAAUUACCUUCAUUUACAACAGAAACGUCUUUAAAUAUAGAAGAUCAGUUAUCUCAAUUUAAAGAAAGACAACUGUCUUUUGACAAUUUUGUAGCGCAAAUAAACGAAAAGCGUGGUUCAUCUUUUGACAACAAUCAGGAAUAA